GGAUGGGUCGUCCUACCAGGAGGGCGUCUGGGAGAAGGGGCCCUUCGGCAGCCUCCUCCCGCCGGGGUACGCCUGUUCAGCCUUCGGCGGAAGUGGCGUCGGGUUCUGGCCCCUCACGUGUUGUUUCUCGGCAGUCGGUUCCAGGUGCAUCACGGCCAAGUCUUGAUUCUGGGUCUUCUAUUGAAGACAAUCUACCAGUACCUGCCAGGAAGUCUUCGGGCGGGAAGCGUCGCCGAAGGAGGUCUUCCCGGAAGCGUGCCAAGCGGAGGAGGGAGGACUCAUCUUCAUCUUAUGCUGGUACGUCAUCUUCUAGUUCUGACGAUGAGGCGGGUAAUUCAAUGGAACUUUACUGGGGUUAUGGAGAAGCGGCUUCGGGGCUCCCUCGUUGGGCCUGGGAACGAAGGGCCAACACGCAUCGUGCAAAGUAUGGGGCUGUCCAAGAAUGUAGGGACGGUGUCUUGGUACCUGACGUUAAGGUCGCUACCAAUUCGGCCAGGGAUAUCAUACCUGGUACGCAUUUGUCUACAAAACUGCGGUCCAGGAUAUUGAAUGGCCGCUAUGUAGACAUUUUCAAAUUGGCCCCACCUUCGGAGGAUCAGGAGAAGGGAAACCAUUCCAGGAAACGCCCUGGCGCAUCCUCUGUAGACAGGACAUUUGAACUUUGGCUCGAUUGUUUCCAGGUCUUUGCUGGUGUGGUCGUGGCAGCUUACCCUCGGAGAUCUCUUCAUUUAAUAGUUUAUCUAUCCAUUGUUCGCUCCGCCUUUACCAAAGCUGGUGAAAAGGCUGCGAUCAAAUAUGAUGAGAACUUCAGGCGCCGUGCUGCCAGGAUCCCCUCAGCCCGUUGGGAUCGUAAGGAUCUAGAUGUGUGGACCACUUACGUGGCCCCACUUAUGGAUAAAAAGGUGCCGGAACAACAGAAGUCGAAGACCGCGGCCUUUAAAUCUGGCCGUCGUCUGCUAUGUUGGGACUUUAAUAAGGGCUCUUGUCAGCGCCAGGGGUGCAAGUAUGCUCACAUGUGCGAGAAGUGCAAUGGUUGGCAUGCCGCUUCCUCUUGUUUUGGUGGUCGGAGGCCCUUUCGGGGGGGUAGAGGGGGUUCCCAGCAACCCCCCAAGUCAGCCCCCCCCCCUCCUCAACCUCUGGAACAGGGAAGUAACGUAUUGACCUCCUUGGCCCAUGCUCCGGUUCGUUUACUGGCCCUGCAAAGUUGGUUGCAGUAUUACCCCAAUAGGGUUGCGGCAUCUUAUUUGAAUGAUGGUUUUUCUGUUGGUUUCAGGAUUCCAGUAGCCAUGCCUCCCGUGGCACGGAAUCCUUCAAACCAAAAAUCUGUUCGCGAGCUACCCGAGGUAGCCCGCAAAAAGAUUGCAAAGGAGGUGGCCAUGCAUCGUAUGGCUGGUCCGUUCGGCUCCCCCCCCUUCCACAAUCUGCAUGUAUCCCCACUGGGUAUCGUGCCGAAGAAAACGCCAGGCGAAUUUCGUUUAAUUCAUAAUCUAUCACAUCCCAGGGGUACCUCGGUCAACGAUGUUAUUCCUCCGGACCUUUGCUCCGUAAGGUAUGCUUCUCUUGAUCAGGCAAUCAAGAUGAUUCGGGGGUUCGGCCACGCUGCUUUAUUGGCAAAAUGCGAUAUUGAAUCGGCCUUCCGCCUACUGCCAAUUCAUCCGGAGGAUUUUUGGCUGCUGGGUUUCAAGUUCGAGAGCAAUUAUUACUUUGGCAAAGCCAUGCCUAUGGGCUGUUCUGUAGCGUGCGCCGCUUUCGAAUCGUUCAGCACCUUUUUGGAGUGGGCCCUCAAAUUUAAAACUGGACUGGGCGGAGUCACGCAUUAUUUGGAUGAUUUUUUAUUGGCCUCGGCUUGCGAUACCGGCAAUUGCUCGGUGUUGCUGCAGGCUUUUGCUGACCUUACGCGGGAACUGGGGGUUCCGCUCACUGCGGGAAAGACUGAGGGCCCUUCGACCCAGCUUACUUACCUGGGUAUCCUUUUGGAUACGGUUUCCCAAACUUCCAGCUUGCCAAAGGAUAAGCUGGUAGCCUUGAAGAAGGUUAUAGAGGAAUUGCUCCCUCUGAAGAAGGUGUCCCUUAGGCAACUUCAGUCGCUUUUAGGGCACUUGAAUUUCGCGUGCAGGGUGGUGGCUCCUGGGCGCCCCUUCUGUUCACGCCUGGCUCGACUCACCGCAGGGUUGAGGGCCCCACAUCAUCGAGUGCGCCUUUCUACUGAGGUGAAGGCUGACCUUAGAAUCUGGCUGGAAUUCCUGGAGGAAUUCAACGGGGUGUCGUUAUGGCAAGACACGUUAAAUUUACAUAAUGACUUCCAGGUACAGUCUGAUGCUGCGGGUUCCCUAGGCUUCGGACUUUACUGGAAAGGCCGAUGGUGCGCCAAGCAUUGGCCGUCCGCGUGGCAGGGAGGAGAGAUUACGCGGGACCUAACUUUUCUCGAGUUUUUUCCCAUUGCAGUGGCAGUGCAUUUGUGGGUCGAGGAGUUCAGGAACCGUCGUGUCUGCUUCUGGACCGAUAACCAGGCGGUGGUGACCGUGCUGGCCAAACUGUCAUCACGCUCCCCCAGGGUGUCGGCCCUAUUGCGGGCAUUUGUGUUGCAUUGCUUACGUUGUAAUAUAGUGUUUUCGGCACGUUUUAUUCCUGGGGUGUCUAACGAAAUUGCUGAUGCUCUGUCACGUUUUCAGAUGAAGCGGUUCAGACUCCUGGUUCCAGAGGCACGGAUACGUCCGGAAUAUUUCCCGGAUCAUCUCUGGAACCUUGGCAGCAAUUAGUUUUGCAGGGAGUAGCGGCAUCUGUUUCCCCUUCUACCCUCAGAUCGUAUACAAAAGCUUGGACUGACUUUUUGGCAUUCAUGCGUCAGUCGGCCAGCGAAUUAAGAGGGGUCCCGCCUACCUCUUCGCAGGUUUUAAAAUAUCUGGCGCACCUAUUUCAAUUGGGGCGUGCAGCUAAGACAAUUAGGAUACAAUCAGCUGCUAUAUCAUUUUUCUGUAAAGCAUUUUUUGAUAAAGAUCCUUGCGCGAAGUUCAUUGUACGCAAGGCACUUGAGGGUUGGGGUAGACUUUGUCCUUCCCGACCAGCAACUCGGCGCCCCAUUUCAUUUGACUUGUUGAGCAGGAUGCGCAAAAAGUUGCGGAUGGUGUGCUGGUCGGGGUAUGAGGCUCGCCUUUUUUUGGCCGCCUUUUCUAUUGCCUUCUUCGGAGCGUUGAGAGUGGGUGAGAUUGUGGUGGAGGAGCACAGGGAUGGCCGUUCUAGGGGUCUUUUGCUUCAGGACAUGCAGUUAUCCCCCGCAGAACUGAGAAUUACAGUUAGGAAUUCAAAGACAGACCAGAAGGGUAAGGGUGCCCUCAUUCGUCUCCCGGCCACGGGAGAAGCAGGCCCUUGCCCUGUAAAAGAUGUUAACAAGUACCUGGCGGUGCGCACCCCAGGGGAUGGGCCUCUGUUCCGGCAUGAGAAUGGGUUGCCCCUAUCAAGGCACCAAUUUGCAAAGGUGAUGCGUAAGGCGAUUCUGGCUUGUGGCGGCACGGCCUAUGGUUUUGCCCCCCAUUCUUUUAGGAUAGGGGCUGCCACGACGGCAGCUCACUGGGGCUUGUCAGCCGCCAGAAUAAAGAACUUGGGUCGUUGGAAAUCAAAUGCGUUUAGAGGUUAUGUACGCUAACAAUAUUGGUAUCUUACAUUUUGCUUUUUAUCUCAGGUUUAGCGGCUAUCCGCAUCUGGAUGGUGGGGCACAGCAUCAUCCAUUGGGCUGGUGUCGCGGCACGGCAGUCCGGAUUGGGUCCAGGUCUCGGCCUCCCUCCACAUGUUCAGUUGUCUUGGCUGGCCAGACGGGGAAUGCGCUGGUCGGAGUUCCUGCCACGGAUCCAGAGGCAGUUGAUCUUAAAAGGGCCGCCCACGGCUAUUGUGGUACAGCUGGGUGAGAACGACCUGGUUUCCAUGGACUGUUUUUCGCUACGUGCUGCAAUUUUGGGUGACCUGGAGACGCUGCGAGCACUGGUGCCGUCAGCAAAAAUAUUUUGGUCAAAGCUUUUGCAACGACGCGUUUGGAGAGGUAGUCGUUGCCCAGCCGCUACUGAAAGGGCCAGAAAACGCAUCAAUUCUGCUGUGUCUAAAAAGAUUUUUGAGCUGGGCGGUGAUGUGAUUUCCCACCCUGAGAUUCUUUUUCAGGCUGCAACCCUUUUCAGAGCUGAUGGCGUGCACCUUUCUGCCUCAGGGAAUGAGGCUUGGCUGGGUGCAGUGGUGGCCAAGCUGAGGUCUUGGUUGGGUUUGUGAGUGGUUUGGCGGGGAGCUGUGGGCUCCAUGGCGGUUAGGCAUUGGUUAAAUUGGUGCUUGGAGGGGUAAGUGCCUACCCCUCCAAAUGUUGCGGAAAGGGAAUUCCGUUAAAGGAAUCCAGGGGCUUGCCAUUCUUUUCGUCCUUGUCCCUGGAAUCGGACUUGGGCCGUGCAAGCCCCACAGGAACAUGAGGGUGAGAAGUGAGGGACUGAUUCCCAGCUUCAUUCUCUCACCCAAUACUUGUUUCCCACGCUGGCUUCCGGUGGUGUCCGGACGGCCAGCGCUGUCCUUGAGGGCAAGGACAGAUAGUCAUAACCAAUGCCUACGCAACCACUCACAUUUUUUGUAUUUGAAUAAAGUUGUGGCCAAAAUUAUGCCAAAAACCUUAAACAAAAAUUGAUGUGUGAAGUGUGAAUUUUUUGGGGUGGACUUGUGGGACUCAACACGCAAAGCGUGUUCUCCCUAACAGAGAGCACGUGUUGCGGUUGGGGGAACAAGCCACCAUGCCUGUUACUGGGCAGAAGUUGGAGGAACCCAAGCCUUUAAGUGGAAGUUGGGUUGCUGGGGAGUUUUGAUUGUUGCCAAUUUGGAGGAGGGGUCAGAGGCUUUAAAUACAGGGGCCAGACAUUGGCUCAUCCUCUUGGCCAUUUUGCACCGGAUCACCCGCCCUCCCUCCCUUUAAUAGGGUGGUUUUUUCUUGAGCACUGACCUUGCUAUGCCUGUCAUGGGGUCGUCCGCCUUGGAGCGGGGGCCUGGUAGGAAUUUUGCCAUCUGGCUGAUUGGCUGGUGCCAUUUGGUUUUUGCCUACUGCGUAGCAAAUCGUCACAACUUGUAAGGUUGGCGGUUAGGCAUUGGUUAAAUUGGUGCUUGGAGGGGUAAGUGCCUACCCCUCCAAAUGGUGCGGAAAGGGAAUUCCGUUAAAGGAAUCCAGGGGCUUGCCAUUCUUUUCGUCCUUGUCCCUGGAAUCGGACUUGGGCCGUGCAAGCCCCACAGGAACAUGAGGGUGAGAAGUGAGGGACUGAUUCCCAGCUUCAUUCUCUCACCCAAUACUUGUUUCCCACGCUGGCUUCCGUUGGUGUCCGGAAGGGCCAGCUCUGUCCUUGAGGGCAAGGACAGAUAGUCAUAACCAAUGCCUACGCAACCACUCACAUUUUUUGUAUUUGAAUAAAGUUGUGGCCAAAAUUAUGCCAAAAACCUUAAACAAAAAUUGAUGUGUGAAGUGUGAAUUUUUUGGGGUGGACUUGUGGGACUCAAC